AAUUUCACAUCCUAACUAGCGCACUGUUCCACACACCAUUUCUCGAUUCAUCACUCAAAAACUCCGUCCCUGUCACAGUUUGUACCUCUUCCUCACAUUCCCACCACGCAUGAAUCUUAAACAAUUAUAAAAAAUAAAAUAAAAAAACCGCCAAACCGCUUCCGUUCCGUUUUGCAGUUAAAAAUAAAAUAGCGGAUACUUGAAAACUGUAACCGCCAAAAAUGACAGUACCUUCCCCCCGUAUCACCCUAAUCAUCUUCAUCUUCUUCACAGUUUCUUCUUUUCUUACUUGUCAUGUCACCGGAGUUCAAAUCAUUUCUAAAUCAAAACUCGAGAAAUGCGAGAAGAAUUCCAACUCCGACGACAAUCUCAACUGCACUACCAAAAUCGUUCUCAGCAUGGCUGUUCCCAGUGGCUCCAGCGGAGGAGAGGCUUCCAUCGUUGCAGAAUUGGUGGAAGUUGAAGAAAAUUCAACCACCAAAAUGCAGACAUUGCGUGUUCCACCUGUCAUUACGGUUAACAAAACUUCAGCUUAUGCCGUUUAUGAGUUAACAUAUAUACGAGAUGUUCCUUAUAAGCCUGAAGAGUUUUAUGUUCAGACGCGAAAAUGUGAGCCAGAUGCUGGUGCAAAUGUUGUGAAGAUAUGCGAGAGACUACGAGAUGAAGAUGGUCAUAUCAUCGAGAAUACUCAGCCAACAUGUUGUCCAUGUGGACCCCAGCGCCGGAUGCCUUCAUCAUGUGGAAACUUCUUUGACAAAUUGACAAAAGGAAAGGCCAACACAGCACAUUGUGUGCGCUUUCCAGGUGAUUGGUUCCAUGUUUUUGGCAUUGGGCGGCGAACGUUAGGAUUUAGUGUUCGAAUACAGAUCAAGAGUGGAACAAAAGUUUCGGAAGUGGUUGUGGGUCCUGAAAACAGAACAGUGACAUCUGAUGAUAAAUUUUUGAGGGUUAAUCUUAUUGGAGAUUUUGUUGGUUAUACAAAUAUACCGAGUUUUGAGGAUUUCUAUCUUGUCGUUCCAAGGCAGGGUGACCCUGGUCAACCACACGACUUGGGGAGAAACAUUUCUAUGUGGAUGCUGCUCGAGAGGGUCAGAUUUACCUUAGAUGGUAUUGAAUGUAAUAAAAUUGGUGUUAGUUAUGAAGCUUUCAACGGACAACCGAACUUUUGUGCUUCACCCUUUUGGAGUUGUUUGCAUAAUCAAUUGUGGAAUUUUCAUGAGGCUGACCUGAAUCGAAUAAGUAGGAAUCAGGUGCCACUCUAUGGUUUAGAAGGAAGAUUUGAAAGGAUAAACCAGCAUCCAAAUGCUGGGAGUUUCUCUUUCUCCAUUGGAAUUACAGAGGUUCUUAAUACAAAUAUUGUGAUAGAAUUAAGUGCCAAUGAUGUAGACUAUGUUUAUCAAAGGAGCCCGGGAAAGAUCAUAAGUGUAAGUGUCCCUACAUUUGAAGCCCUUACUCAAUUUGGAGUUGCUACAAUCACCACUAAGAAUACUGGUGAGGUGGAAGCAUCAUAUAGUUUGACGUUUGAUUGCUCCAAAGAGAUCACGUUGAUGGAGGAGCAAUUUUUGAUCAUGAAGCCAAAUGAGAUUACAACCCGAUCAUUCAAAAUUUACCCAAGCACCGACCAAGCUUCCAAAUAUUCCUGUGCAGCCAUAUUGAAGGAUUCUGAUUAUGGUGAAGUUGAUAGAGCUGAGUGUCAGUUUACUACCACUGGAACUGUUCUUGACAAUGGAACACAGGGGAUGCCUUUUCAACCCCCAGAGACAGGUAUAAAUGGUUUCUUUGAUUCUAUUGAAAGCAUGUGGAAUAAACUAUGGACAGGCUUUAUAGAAUUUAUUACUGGAAAAAAUUGCAGACAGAAAUGCGCUGGUUUUUUUGACUUCAAGUGCCACAUACAAUAUGUAUGCUUGAGUUGGAUAAUGAUGUUUGGUCUGUUUUUGGCAAUUUUUCCGACAGUACUUGUGUUAUUAUGGCUUUUGCACCAGAAAGGUCUAUUUGAUCCUCUUUAUGACUGGUGGGAGGAUAUUUGUGGUGCUGAUGAGAAGCAGUUCAUCAUGGAUAGACAUAGGGUCAAAAUUAACCAGACACAUCACCAUAUUCAUGACAACAAACAUCGUAAACAAGAGGUCAGGCACCUGAAUCAUCGUGCUCCAAAUAGGCGAAAGACCAGUUAUGAACACAAUCACAAGCACAAACAUUCUGAAGGGAAUUCUGAUUAUUUUAAUCAUUUACACCAUGUUCAGAAAGAAACGCACAAGCAUAGACAUAGAAAACAUGUGGAUAAUUUGCAAAAUAUUGAUGAUAACCAUCCUGCACAUCACAAACACAGAAAGGAACAGGACCCUUCUACAGGACUGAUCAAAGAUCUGAGGCAUGAUAAGAUAAGGCAUGCAAAUUAUGGAAAACACAAACAAGUUUUGGUAUAUGAUCCUGGGGCUGAGUAGAGAAAGUUCCAAUUCAAUGCAGUUAGUUAUCUCUUAGAAAGUACAAUGUUUUAGAUUAACUUUGUACCUACUUCAUAGAAUCAUAGGU